GAUACAAACCUGAGCUCCUCUGCAAACAAAACUCAACGAGAAUUACCGACAGCAUUUUCAAGAUGGCAAAACAGAACCACAACAAAGACUCUGACGUCACGUCACAGGUGUCACACAGGUGUGGCUGGAGCUGCCUCGGUCCUCUAACCUUCCACCCCCAGGCUGUGGGAGACCAGGUGUGUCUGAGCCAUGGCCACCGGCGAGCAGAGAGAAGCAAACACACCUUCAGGAACGGCCUGGUGUUCAGCAGCCGACCAGUGAGGCUUCGGGAGAGGCUUCGCGUGAGAGUGGAGAAGGAUGUGUUGAACUGGGAGGGGUCUCUGCGUCUGGGCUUCACCAACGUGUCGCCCUCAGGAAGAAUCCUUCCUCUGCCCAGUGUGGCCAUCCCCGAUCUGACCGAGACCCCCGGGCACUGGGCUGCUGCCGUUCCUGAGUCCUUCUGUCCAGCAGGUUCAGAACUGGAGUUCUGGGUUUGCUCCAGUGGGAAUAUAAACAUCACCAACGACCAAAGUGAGACUAAGGAGCUUCUAACAGGGGUGGACCUCAGCCGACCACUGUGGGCCAUGAUUGACAUCUAUGGACAGGCCUGCUCCAUUUCCCUCCUGGGGUCAGAGAAACAAGGACUGAUUUGCAGAAGAUCCUGUCCUGCACCUGAACCCCUGCUCUCACAUGACUGGGACAAUCGGCUCAGUUUGAUUCCUGAUGUGUCGGGCCUGAAUGGAGACAGUGAUGAAGACACAGUCCUCCACCUCAUGGAAAUCUGUGAAGAUCACUGUGUGGUGUGCAUGAUGAAGGCGGCCAGAGUCACCCUGUCUUGCGGUCACCGCUGUUUGUGCUGGAAGUGCAGCACCAAGGUGUCCCAGCAGUUUGGUACCUGCCCGCUGUGCCGACAGAAGAUCACAGCGUUCUGAGAGCAGAGGAGGAGAGUUUCUGUGCUGCUCUGAGCUCCAAGACUCCAGACAGAAAUCCCCAGAUGACUGUCUCACACUGACCUGAUGGUCCUGGAGGUUCAGUCGUUCUGGAUCAUUUGCACACAGCCUGAUCUCUGACAGAAGAUCAACCAGGGAACCUCCAGUGUGAUUUUCACCUCUCUAAAUAUGUGAAUGUUGUACAGCUCGUGUAAGAUAAAAAGCUCUGAGAUGUUGGUGUGAAGAUGCUGAUUAUGUUCAGACAGUACUAGGGGUGUAACUGUACAUGUAUUUGCAUUGAACCGUUUCGGUACGUGAUGUCAGGUUUGGUAAAGGGCUGUGCACGGGUGAGU